AUGAUAGCAUUUUGUGGAGGUAUUUUAGAAUUUGAACAUGAACAAGUUUCCGUUACAGAAGAUGAAUAUUUUGUUAGUAUUGCCUAUCAGUGUCGUCAAUUAGAACACAUUCUAGAAAUUGAAUCCAUUUACUUUGAUAGUAUCAAUGUAGAUUUUGCUUUUAUUAUUCUCUAUAAGAUUGCUAAAAUUAUAGAGAGUACAUCACAUAACAUUUUAACAGUUGAUUGGUUGUUUUCUGUAGUUUUUGGAGCUAUGAAACUUGCACUUUCAUAUAUUACCAGAUAUUCCUCUACAGUUGUGCAAGCUCUUUCCUACAUCAAGACAAGUGCAAGCUCUUUAUCAUUGAAUUCACUCUCGGAAAGAAGAACAUGCUCCGAGAUGAUUAAAUUACUUGGGGAGGAGUCAUCAAACCAUAGAAAUCAUGUACUUGCAGAGGCUUUACUUUCUCUCGUUUGUUCUAGUUUGAAUACACUUGCCACAACAACAUCACCAAGGGAUUGUAAGAGAAUUGGAGCAUUGAUAGUAAUGCGAAUUGUGGAUCAUUCAUUCUCGGAAAAGAAUGUUCUCUUAGGACUUGUUUUUGAUGUUUUUGUGAAAGAUUUCAUCAAGAAUGGGUUGAUAGAAUUCACUUAUUUGUCUGAUGAUUUCAAAAAAUUAGAAUCCAGUGUAAAUGUACAACAAGUUUCAAAGGAUAUUGUAACUGGAUCUAAUAUUGCUUCUCAGUUAAAAUCAGUGAUAGAUUUGAGUGAUAACGUAAGCAAGAUGGCAGUAUUUUCAGGAGUUAUUAAUGCAAUCACAGUUCAAAGAUUAGAUGCACCUAUUUCUCAUGAUGGGCACAAUAUUAACAUUUUAUUUGAUGGUUUAUUCCCAUUAUUACACUACUAUUGCAUGCAAUCUAAGGAUUCUGACCUAAAAUUAUUUUCAAUUUUGAGUUAUAGUGAUAGUUUAUUAUUUUUACAUGACCAUGUAAAAGCUAGGAAGUCAUCAGAGAUGGAAGAUAUAGAGAGAUUUAAUUUUGAAAAUAGAGUUUCCAAACUUAUCAAAGGAGGUAUUCAGAUAGUUUUCAGUAAUAUUGAAAAUCAAGUUUAUGACAUUUUUGCCAAGAUGAGACAACUUUUUAUGGAUCUUUUGGAUUUAAGAGAUUUCCUCACUUUGGAUAAAGUUAAAUCUCAAAUUGAUUUGGUUUCCAUGACUAAUUCUAUUCUGGAUUCUGAUUGGACAAGAAAAGGAAAGUACAUUUCAUUAAUUGCAUUACUUCCAAGAAUUACAGCAUCUAAAAUUUAUUCGUUGUGUCCAGAAAUUUUCACCAACAUUUUAUCAUCUCUGGGUCACUUGAAUGGUAGUGUUAACGGAAAUGCAAGCUUGUUCUUUGAAAAGAUGCUCUCAGAUUUGCUCAAAGACUGCAAGAAGAAUAAGGAAAAGAUUGCUGAAUGGGAGAUUAUGUGCCUCAAGCCGGUUUCCGACUUUUUGGCUAUGUGUGAUAAGAAGCAAAGAUCUGCUAUCUUUAUCCAUCUCAUGUCAAAGAUUUUAAAGGUUAAUAAUGAGGGAACAGCUUUCCUCGUAAAAUGCUUCAAGGCAGGUAUUGAAAGAACUGAAUCAUCUACAGAACGUUCUGCACUUCUUCACUCUCUAAUGUUUACUUUAAAGACAGCUAAAUCUCUGUCGUUAUAUGAGUUGGAUUUCAAGAAUGAUUUGGAAUUGAUAGAAGAGGGGCUUAUUCAUAAUGAUCAUGAUAUUAGAUUGGAUGCCUUUGAAUUAAUUACUGUUUCUACUAAGAAACUUGCCUUGCCAACAGAGCAAGAAUUAGCAAUUAUAAUCAAGUUUGCAAGACUCAACUUGCGUGGUUGUAAGAGCUCUUUCAGAUUUGGCUUUGGUGAUGCCAUCGAACGUUUUAUUAAGAGAGUGAAUGAAAUCUGUGUUCGUAUCUUUGCCUCCCACCAAAAGAACCAAACUUUGAACCACCUUUUGGACGUAUCCACCCCAGAAGGAAAUAUGCCUCAAAAGAAGAGAGAAGAGCUCAACAAGGACAGACACUCAUAUAGAAUUUUAAUGGAAUUUUUAUAUGAUUAUGCAACAGAGGUAAUCAAUUCUUUAUAUCCUGGUUGUCCACACGAAAGACUACUUGUUGCUUUAGACUGCUACAAGAGCUUACUCGACACGUUCUCUUUAAAUAAUUCUAUCGAUGUGUUUAAUCCAUCAGACACAAAUAGAGUUGUUUCUUGGAAGAGAAUUCAUUUAACUUCUUCUAAUUCUGUGUUGACCCUACUUAAUACUUUGGGAAGUUGUUGGGACAAGGUUAGAGUUGUUAUUUAUGAUUUGUUGGCAUCUUUCAUGGCUCCUCUAACUGGAUUCGAAACUCCUGAGAAGGUAAAGGUUAUUGCAAACAAUGCUUUUGAUCUUAUCAAAAGUCCAAGACUCAGAGAAUCAGAUGCUGGUGCUUUGCUUUAUAGAAUUAUUUUCAAAAAGUAUGUCUGUGAAUUAGGAUGGGAAGUUUUUCUUGAUAAGGAACCAGUUACUAGUUGCAGUGUAUCUCCACAAUUGAGUUUUUGCAAGAAAUUGGUUGCUUUACUCAAGGAAAAAACAGAAAAUUGUGCUCAAAACAUUUUCAACAUAACCAAGGACAGUGCUCUUGUUGGUAUUUUACAAACUUUAAUCUAUGUUAUUUCUGAUGUAGAUUUUACCAAGGAGAGAACCACUAUUAGUGAAUGGAGAGAAUGGAUGACCGAAUUUUUGGGUAUUUUAGAAAAGGCAUGCCUGCUCUCUGUAAAGAUUAUUGCAGGUGCACCUCUUUUGGAUGAAAAUGAAGAUAAUUCUGUUGCAAUGAACAAUGUUGACUGUCGUGGUCACAUUUUCUUUGGAGAGGAUGAAGAAGUCUCUGGAGAUACUCACUCUCUCACUGUUAACAGCUGGCUGGCAGUCAAGAGUUCUUCAAUGCUCAUUUCUGUUAUUGUUCACCAUGUAGAAUUGUAUCCUGAUUCUCAUUCAAAUGACAAACUUUCAAAAGAUAGUAUUAUUACUUUUGAUCAAAUCGAAAAAUUGGGUAAAAUGUUGCUUAACAUUCUUCUCACAACAAAACAUAACGGAGCUAUUGAAAAGAGUGCUGUAGGAUUUAAUAUUUUGUGUAAAAGAUUAAUGUCUUGUGGUAUUCCUGAACUUGUUAACAUUCCUGAAAAAUGGACAAGAUACCUACUUGAUGGUAUUGGAAAGGAUGAUACAUUCAGUAUGAUGAGACGUUCGGCUGGAUUGCCCUGGACAUUUGCUUCUAUUAUGAAAUCUGAGCCAACUUUCCUUCCAAGAAAAUUACUCCCUGAAACUAUGCAAUAUUUACUCAAUGUAGCUCUCAAUCAAUCCAAUUACAAGACAAGUCAAGUUGUGAAUGCCUUGAAUGUACUUCGUUUCCUGUUCCAUGAUGCACAGUUGGGUCCGUAUGUUCAACAAUUCGUUGAGGAUGGUCUCAUUAUUUCACUUAAAGGAUUUGGAUCAACUAUUUGGGCCAUCAAGAACUCUUCUCUCAUGAUGUAUACAGCAUUAUUGCACAGAUCAUUGGGUGAUAACGACUCUAUCAAGACAGGUACUGAAUAUUUCAGUAGAUAUCCUAGAUUGAGAACCUUCCUUUUGGAACAAUUAAAUACUGUAACUGAUGAAAAUAGAGAACACAAGAGAAUUCUUCACCCAAGUCUCUACCCAAUGCUAUUACUCCUUUCUCGUUUGAGACCUUCACUGGAUGAAAGUACAGAGACAGAGGCUAAUUCUGUAUCUCAGUUUAUUCCAUUUGUGAAAAAGUGCUCUGCUAUGAUCCAUCACAUGGCUAGAUCCAUAGGUGCUAGAGCUUUGGAACCUCUUAUUCCGUCUUCAAUGGUAAAGGAAUAUAUUCUUGAUACUAUUAAUGCCCUUCCAAAGACUGUUGAAGAGACUAUCCAUCAAAAUGAGCUUCAUGGUGUUCUUUUCCAACUCAACAGAUUUGUAACGACAAGCUUCAAGGCAAUGGAAAAUUCAGAACAAUUCGCCCUUGAUUGUUUGAACAAGUUAGCAAACUCUUUCAUUGGAACUAUACAAAAUAGAUGCUUUGCCACUAGAUCAUUAUUCUAUGAAAUUAUCAACAAUUUACUUCAAAUGUGCAAGAAUAUACCACAAGAAACUUUGGAAACAUUAUGGAAUAAUUCUGUAAAUUCUGUAUUUUUGGAAUCUACGUCUACUAAUGGGCAACCAGCCAAACAAGAAAUGUUUUUCAACAAUUCAACUUUCAUUGUAGAAUUGUAUCUCUUAUUCAGAAAAGAUGUAGAUGAAGAUUUAGUUGUAAACUUGUUGAACUUUUCUGCUAUGGAUGUAAGACGAGCAACCUUCAAAUACUUGUACAAGGAGGAACAUGUUGUUCAAGCUCUUUCUGGUGUGAACGCCCAUGCCAAGAUUGAAAACUUGAGACCUCUUAUUUUGGAACAUGCCUUGUUCAGAGAAACUGAUGUUGAGUGUGCCAGAUUUGGACUCGCAUCCCUUGUUAAUUUGUACAAUAAGGCACCAGCUGGUCAAUUAACCAAGGAUCUUUCUGUUAUGUCCUCUUAUCUGGAUAAUGUAUUUGAUGCUGUUCCUACUAGAUUGGUUUAUCUGUAUGUAAAUGAGACCAAUACUGUUCUCCAUCAACUUGUUAUUGCACUGUUGGGAAUAUUCAUUUCAGGCACUAUAGAAUCUCAACCAGAAAAUCCACUUGUAAAGAAAUGGCUCAAGAUUGUUUGCCAUGCUUCUGAUCCAGCUAGACAAAGUCAUGUUAGAGCUGCUUGUUUGGACUCUAUUGUUUCUUCAGGAAUUUUAACCAUAUCUGCCAAUGAUUUAAAGAGUGCUGGAAACCAAUUUUCUGUUUGGACUGCCUUGAUUACCUUAUUGCAGGAUGAAGAUGAUAUUAUUAGAAGUAGAGCUGCUUUAAUUGUUUCUCCUUUGAUAUUUGGAUUUGAACAUAAGGGCACAACUUCAAAGCAAGCCAAGUGUGCAGAACUCCAAAGAGAAUAUGUUUUGGAGCGAAGUUUUGCCUUUAUUAGUCACCAUUAUGGAAAAUUAACAGAAUGUCACAAUUACUUGGUAUCUUGUAUUCAACUAGAGGAGGCUAUUAAUGAAGAAAACAACUCUGUUGAGGUUGUUUUGCCAUUCAAAACAACAGAUGAAGAAGUUAUGUUGUUCGAAAAGGAAGAGGACAAUGUAUUCACAGAAGAAUUAGCCAUUUCACAACUUGGAUCAUAUUACUUGAACAAACUGGACAUUUCUUCAGAAUUUAGGCAACAAGUAUUACAAAAAUUAGAGGGUCAAUUACUGUUUGUCCUCAAAAUUUUGUCAGAAAGAAGAAAGCAACAAAUAGGACUUUUCUGGGUUGGUAACUUUUCUUUCCAACCUACAGUUUUCAUUAUUAUUGCUAAAUUAGUUUUGGCAAUUAAUACGCUUGGUUAUUUUGAUAUUGAAAAAUUGAGACCGUUCUUUGAAAACCAGGAAAUCAAUGAAAUUCACAGAAUCUUAUCAGACAGCCACUAUAGACAAUUUUUGGUUGGAUGUACUUUGGAAUAA